AUGUCGUCUAUCUCAAUGCUCGCAACCGAGCUCCAAGCCCUCUCCUCCGAAACCCGGCGCAAACCGCCUCCUCGACACCUCCACUCUUGCUCGACCCACAAACGCUGCCCGCGCACAUCCUCCUCGAUCUACAAACCGGACAAGCCAAACCCGCCGUCUUGGGGCUGGCAGCGCUGCAGAGGGCCGUACUGCUCAAGCUCGCACUCGUGUCUGCUUAGCCAUGGCGAGCUAGCGUCCUUCCUGCGCAUCCAGACGUUGCCGCGCAUAUUCGCGCUCGAAUCCGUUAAAUUCGUCUUGACGAAAUCACUCGCCUACAUCCCUCUCGUAAUACUCCUCCUCCUCCGCGCAGACCUGCACCCAGGAGGUUGGGUUUAG